AUGACACCUUACAAGGUCCAUGCCCACUUGAUCAGAUUCGGGUUCUCCCAAGACUCGACCUUUCGGAACCAUUUGAUCAACCUCUAUGCAAAAAGCAGGUUUUUUGGGCAUGCCCGGAACCUGCUCGACCAAUGUCCUGAACCAGAUUUGGUUGCUUGGUCUGCUUUGAUUUCUGGGUAUGCCCAAAAUGGGCUUAGUCGAGAAGCCCUUUCGGCUUUUCAUGAGAUGCAUGGAUUGGGGGUGAAGAGUAAUGAGUUCACCUUCCCAAGUGUGCUCAAGGCUUGCUCUAGUUCUAAAGAUUUGAGACUGGGAAUGCAGGUUCAUGGGGUGGUGUAUGUUACCGGGUUUGAGUCCGACGAGUUUGUUGCUAAUGCUUUGGUUGUUAUGUAUUCGAAAUGUGGGGAGUUUGGGGAUACAAGGAAGUUGUUUGAUGUGAUGCAGGAAAGGAAUGUUGUGUCGUGGAAUGCCUUGUUUUCGUGUUAUGUGCAGAGUGAUUUCUUAUUGGAGGCAAUGGAUUUGUUUGAGGAAAUGGUGCUGAGUGGAGUAAGGCCUGAUGAGUAUAGUCUGUCUAGUAUAAUAAAUGUUUGUACCGGGUUGGGGGAUGGUAGAAGAGGAAGGAAACUUCAUGGAUAUGUAGUAAAGCUUGGGUAUGAUUCGGAUUUGUUCUCAGCCAAUGCCCUUGUCGACAUGUAUGCAAAAGCCAUAUGUCUUGAAGAUGCAGUUUCAGUUUUUGAGGAAAUUGCACAACCUGAUGUUGUAUCCUGGAAUGCUGUCAUUGCUGGUUGUGUUCUUCACAACUGCCAUGGUCGGGCGCUCAAAUUUUUCAGGCAACUGGGAGGGUCAGGUAUCCGUCCGAAUAUGUUUACAUUAUCAAGUGCGCUUAAAGCUUGUGCUGGGUUGUCUUUCGAGAAAUUGGGUAGGCAGUUGCACUCUUUCUUGGUAAAGAUGGAUACAGAAUCAGAUUCAUACGUCAAAGUCGGACUGAUAGAUAUGUAUUGCAAGUGUGAGAUCAUGACUGAUGCAAGGCUGCUUUUGAAUAUGAUGCCAAAGAAAGACAUGAUUGCAUGCAACGCUGUUAUCUCUGGUCAUUCACAGAUGGCCGAAGACAUAGAAGCUGUAACCCUCUUUCCUGAAAUGCAUAGGGAAGGAAUAGGAUUCAAUGACACUACUUUAUCUACAGUUCUUAAAUCCAUUGCGAGCAUGCAGGCAGCAAAAGUUUGCGAACAAGUUCAUGCUCUUUCAAUCAAAACAGGUUUUCUGUCUGACAGGUAUGUUAUAAAUAGCCUUCUUGAUGCAUAUGGAAAGUGUGGUCAAGUAGAAAAUGCAGGAAGGAUUUUUGAAGAAUGCAAAACUGAAGAUUUGGUGGCUUUCACAUCAAUGAUCACUGCCUAUGCUCAAUAUGAACAAGGUGAAGAAGCUCUAAAACUCUAUGUGCAAAUGCUACAUAGGGGGAACGAGCCUGAUUCAUUUGUAUGUAGUUCUCUUCUGAAUGCUUGUGCAAAUUUGUCCGCGUAUGAGCAAGGGAAGCAGAUUCAUGUUCACAUUCUGAAGUUUGGAUUCUUAUCUGAUGCUUUUGCCGGAAAUUCCCUUGUUAAUAUGUAUGCAAAAUGUGGAAGCAUAGAAGAUGCAGGUCGUGCUUUCUCUGAGGUACCCCAGAGAGGAAUAGUUUCAUGGUCUGCAAUGAUUGGAGGACUUGCUCAACACGGACAUGGAAAAGAGGCCAUCAAUAUGUUCAAUCAUAUGCUCGGAGAUGGUAUUUCCCCCAAUCAUAUUACUCUAGUCAGUGUCCUCUGUGCGUGCAAUCAUGCAGGUUUAGUAACUGAAGCCAGAAAAUAUUUUGAGUCAAUGAAAGAGCUGUUUGGAGUAGUGCCAAGGGAGGAACAUUAUGCCUGCAUGAUUGAUAUUCUUGGCAGAGCAGGAAAGAUACAGGAGGCAAUGGAGCUUGUCAACACGAUGCCAUUUCAAGCAAAUGCCUCAGUUUGGGGAUCACUUCUUGGUGCUGCAAGAAUCCAUAAAAAUGUGGAGCUUGGUGAACGUGCUGCUGAUAUGCUCUUAGUUCUGGAGCCUGAGAAAUCCGGUACUCAUGUACUUCUUGCAAACAUAUAUGCAGCAGCUGGCAUGUGGGACAAGGUAGCGAAAAUGAGAAGACUUAUGAAAAACAACCAGGUAAAGAAGGAACCUGGGAUGAGUUGGAUUGAGGUCCAAGACAAGGUACAUACCUUUAUUGUAGGUGACAGAAGUCAUUUGAGAAGCAGGGAGAUAUAUGUAAAACUUGAUGAGCUGCUUGACCGUAUUCAUAAAGCCGGCUAUGUUCCAAUGGUGGAAAACGACCUCCAUGAUGUGGAACAAAGCGAAAAGGAGCGGCUGCUACGGUAUCACAGUGAGAAGCUUGCAGUGGCUUUCGCAUUGAUUGCCACUCCGCCAGGAGCUCCGAUUAGGGUGAAGAAGAACUUAAGAGUGUGUGUAGAUUGCCAUACUGCAUUCAAGUUCAUCUGUAAAAUCACCUCAAGGGAGAUAAUCGUGAGGGACGUCAAUAGAUUCCAUCAUUUCAAAGAUGGCUCAUGCUCUUGUGGGGAUUACUGGUGA